UAUAUAUUACCUAGCAAUUUCUCGGUUAUAAAACAAAAACUAAACAUCUAUUCUUGAUAUUUCACUUAACAAACAACAUUAUCAAUGGCAUAUCUCCCAGGAAGAACAACACCUUUUGGUGACAAUAAAAGCUCAAGUAGUUUAACAUUCGAAGAAUUUGUCCCUCCUUCCGCAUGGACUGAAGACUCAACAUACCAUUACCUCCUUGUCGAUCUUCCCGGUUUCAAGAGGCAGGAGUUAAAGCUUCAAGCCGAUAACAAGACUCAUAUAGUGGUUAGUGGAGAAAGGCAAGAAAGAGAGAACAAAUACAAACGAUUCGAGCAACGUUUUGAGUUGCCAACGAAUGCUGACGUGGACAAGAUCACGGGGAAGCUCGAUGGCGAGAUUUUAUAUAUUAGUGUUCCGAAAAAAAUAGAACCGCAACAUCAAGAAAUUAAACAUGGCGGUGAGAUCGAACCAGAACCAGAACCAGUAUCAGCAUCAGCAUCAGCAUCAGUAUUGGAAUCAGAACCUGAACCGGUGUCAUCAGACGAAGAGGAUGAUGAUGAAAAGAAAUCAGAUGCAAAUGAAAAUGAAAGUGAUAAGAAAGAUGGUGAAAAGGGUAUUAUUGAAAGAAAGGAAGAUAAAAGGGUUUUUAAUGAAGAUUGGGAAAAAGAGGCUCAUUUAUAUUUGAGAAUUGCGAUUGAAAAAAUAAGAAAGAAUAAAGGGAUUGUUGUGACAGCAAUCUUUGCGUUCUCGUUAGGGGUGAUGGUGAGUCAGAAGUUUCAGUCAAAUGGACAGACAGUAAUUGUAUGAUAUGACAAAUAUAUUUGUAAACGUUAUGCGAAUAAAAUAUGUAACGUAAAUUGUGAAUAUAUUAAAUAAUGUUUCGGUUUAAUUAAAAUGUAAUCUUGAAAUCGAAUGUAAAAGGUAAUUUCUUCA